AUGUCUCUGACGACACUCCAUGCCCUGUCCAACCAGGAUGACAUAGUUGGAAACAACUUCACCUAUCGCCUCUGUGAUCGUUUUCUGGAAGUUUCUGAGAAUAUUCUCUCGUGGAAUUUCUCCAGCAAGCUGUACAGACGAUUUCUGAGCAAUCAUCAGUCCUCCACCUCAUUCCGGCCGCCAAUCUCCUGGAAGGACCUUCUCGAAAACGACGAAUUCUUCACGCUCUUCUUCAAACUCCACUCCAAAAUCCGCCACGACGAGAACCUAUGCACCAAAUCCAUGAAUUGCCUGAUUCAGCUGGCAUCGUUGACCGGAGACUGCAUGCCAGUGGCCGAUCAAGAAGCCUCGUGUAAAUACGUUCAAAUGUAUAUCAGUAAUCUUUUGGAACUAUUCCAACAAGGACCAUCCAAAUGGGAAACUAAUCAUUUCUGUAUGAUUAUCAACCGUCUGUUCCUCUAUCGUCCAUUGACGUCUGUGAUGAAGCAGGAGGCGGAUCUUCGUUCCAGAUUUUUCGCAUUUUUGAGAGAUUAUACCAUUCAUUUGACGAAUCAGGCUAUGCAGAAGGCUAUUGGCGAAGCAGAACACGAGGAUCACACAUCCCUUGCUCUGAUCUACGACGCCAUCGUGGUCCUUCUUCGUGGUCGCUGGAGAACGUGCUUCGCAUCAGAAGAGGAAGCAGACGCUGUGGACAAUGAGCUUGUCAAAUGGCCAGUCUUGAUGAUCGUCAACGCCUUCAUUCAGAACGUUCUCGCCCCACCGAAAGGAUCUCGUCCCGUGGCAAAAGACGAGGAUGAUGGAGAUGACGAUUCCGAGGAUCGGACGCUAUUCCAGGAUCUGUUCAACCCUCUAAGUUCGAUGAUUUGUUAUAGUGUUGGAGAAUUCAUGGAGAAUAUGGCGACAAACCUCCAUCAAUCGCUGGCCGAGUUCACCGGAAUGGCUACAGGAACCGUUGACUCGAGCCGUCUUCCCACGUGGCAAGAGGAUCAACACUGGCUGAUGCUCACUCUCGCCAACUCCCUAGUCGGAGAGGAAAUCGAUGGAGCGUGCCACGUGUCAGGCGACGUCUUUGACUAUACACAGAAGAUGUUCCAUGCGGGAAGGAAGUUUGACGAGCUCAAAAAGGCUCAAUAUCUCCAGUUGUGCAUCGAACAGCCGACACAGGACAGGCAACAGUACGCGCAGGAGAUUGAUCCGUUUGUCAUAAUUAUGGGAGAGCUGUUCGCCUGGGCUUCCAUUGAGCACGACGUCUUCGCCAACGCAUCCCGUGAGAUGAUUAGUCCAGAAUUGUGCAGAAGCACAUUCCUUUGCCUUAGAAGAUUCCUAAAUGCGGCCAGUAGCCCUGUGGAUUGUGAUAAAUGGAAUGACUACCAAGGAGUGGCGGCGGAGAACCUUCCAGUGAUGCCAAAAGCCAAGGAAUUCUCAGCCAUCCUAGUUCGAUUCGUCGUCAAAAAAGUGUUAUCAGUGCUCCUGAACUACGGAUCCGAGGAGAAACUUUGCCAAGACGCCAUCGAUUGUCUUCUCAGCCUCGUCGAGUCUCACGCAUCUGACAUAGCCUCAUCUCCAGAAUUAUUCGAAUACCUGAAUUCUCUGGACAUCGCACGUCUUCCGAAUCGCGCGAAUCUCAUGAAGGCGUUGGUGUUGAUUGGAGCGGCGGCGAACGAUCAGGAGUUACAGGAGAACAUGUUUAAAUUGGUAAGGGAUGCCGUCUCGGUGCCCAGCCAAACAGAAGUCGAUUCUCAAAUUGUCGACUAUCUACAGUGCUUCGAUGGUGUCGCCAAAGCCAGUCAGAGCCACUCGGCACCCGUUCUUUUCAAAUUCCUGUACGCCAUCAUUGAACAAUGCGUUGGCCUGAUGCGUAGUCGAAGCCAGAACGAGACCGUAGUCUCAAAUAUCCUCCAACUGAUUCUGGACGUUACCACUAAAGUAUCCAUCUACAUUGACAAUGAAGACGAAUCUAAUGCACUCUACUCGUCGCUUCUUCAAAUUGUCGAUUCGUAUCGAAAUGAUCAAAUCAAGAGAUUCACUCAUUUUAACACCGAUGACGAGGAUAAGGCGGUGGACUUGGCCCUGUUCAUCGACAUUCUCUCGAACGUUCUCUCCAAAGACUUCCUUACGGUGGGAGAAGAAAACUGUUCCACUGGCGCCAAAGUGGUCAUCCACUCCCUGGAAAUGCUCCUAACCAUCAUGAACGACCGUGUCCUCCAGAUGCCAGAAGUCGCUUUGAAAUUCUUCCGUCUCAUUUUGUAUCUCGUCGAAUUCUCUCCAGAAUCGCUGGCCGAGAUGUCCGAUCAACUCAUGGCGUCGUUGUGUCAGUGUAUCAAGCUCGGUAUGACUGGCCAAUUUGGAAUGGAAAUCACAUCGACUUCUCUGGAAUCGCUGACUGAGGUGGUCCUUCAUUUUGGUGUCGACCAGAACAAGGGACGGUGUACGCAGAAUUUGGCGAUGCUCUUCAAGGAAAUGCUUCCGACCGUCUUCGAGACGUGCCUCUCCAACACCUGUGAGAACAGCAUCUACGCCGAAUCGUGUUCGGCACUCUACGCGAUUAUCGCAUUUGAAAGAUCCUUCUUCGAUGAAUACGUCAACGGACUACUGUCAAAUCGAUCCAACGAAAAGGGGCGGGCCGUUUUGGAGUCGGCGUUCACCGAGCUCAUGGAAGUGGCUCCAGAAGCUGGAAAUCGACGUGGACGAGUUCAAUUCCGCAAUCGUAUGGAGAAAUUCCUCAACCGAAUCCAGGGACUUCUCAGCUAC